AUGGAGAAUUCUCGCGAAGAGCCAGACAAAACGGGCAUCGUGCAUGCCGGGAGUUUGCCAGACCUUGUUGACGAGAACGGUAAUGUCGUUCUAGAUGAUGUGGCUCAGAUACAUGCAGUCAAGCGAGCUUCAGAAUCGGUCCUUGGAAAUUCACUGGCUCAGCCCAUCCAGGAUAACAAGCCUGAUAGUCGGAGCGGCACUGAAGAGUUGGAAACCCACCAGACCACCGAGGUUACUGAUGAGAUCUCGGACAUUGAGAGCCUUCCAUAUGGAGUCAAGCCUAACCCAGAUGAAGAAAGGGCUCUUGCUCACAUGGAACUGGACAUUGAUGUGACCAAGACAAAGAAGAAGAAAAGACGACCCAAGACAAAGAGAGGCCUGGGCGCACCAACAGGCUUCGAACCCUUCUUCGCCGAUGCACCGCUCACACCCGAUGAAUCCCAGGAGAUCAAGAAGAUCUAUGACCCGCGAUAUGAUGAGGCCAUCAAGCGUUUUUUAUUUAAACGCCGCCUUGAGCCACGCCGGCGUCAUCUAUUCCUCAAGUACCUGCAGUACGGGGGUGUGAACAUCAACCAAAAGUACGGCCAAGGUGUGUCUCCACAAGAGCUAAAAGAAAUGACCAAGGAAGAAGGUAUGGAAGCUCGCAACUAUACCGUCGUCUCGCCGGAAUGGGCUACUGAGGGGAACAUCGCUUUCGAUACGGUGCUCAAGGGUUAUCUUGGAGGCUACUACCUGGACUACUUCAGUCCCGACGAUGAGGGUGAAAUCAUGGUGGUGACCGGCACAAUCAAGAACUUCCUCACUUUCCUCCUCUACCAUGACGUCUGCCCCGAGUACCGAGACGACAUUGAGAAGGCCAGAAACACCUGUGAUUUAGCUGCAAAGGAGUUAUGGAAAGCACGCCAAGUCGUACAAAACGGCCCGGGAGACUUCAAUAAGGCCUGUUCCAUGCUCUUCGGUGGGAACUACUUCGACGAUAUCGACGAUCCGGAGAUAUGGGAAACCUUCGCGGAACAGAACAGAAUGACACAGGAGAGUGCUCGAUGGGUCCUGAAGUACGCUAUAGCCGCGGUGGGACCGGAUGCGCGCGCCAUCAGGUUUAAAGAGCUUGCCGAAACAGAGCAAUUUAAGGUCAAGCAGGUUGAGGAUAUCGAUGGCUUUGAGAUCAUCUCUAUUGAACAGCCAAACCCCCUCACUGUAGCUUUCUACAAGGACAUGGCUCCCAAUCUCACACCUGUCGGCGUGGUUCGAGCAAAGGAGUUCCGUGAUCCUGCAAAAGGCGAAUUCAAUCUUUCGAAGCUUGAAGAGGAGAAGUGGAAACGUGGUGAAGCUCCUAGCUACGAGUUUGACUUUUUAGUGGAAGGAGACUUGCUUGCACACUGCUUCCUGGGCAUGAAAGCUCUUACCAAAGUCUUCGAGCUCAACUGUGGCAUACACUUCUUUGAUGAGAUCAUGGUUUGCCUGCCUAGCUUCUACGUCUUCCUUGCAAAUGAUCUUAUGAUUGACUACAAGGGCCCAAAGACCAAGGAGCCCACUGACAAAUGGAUCAUUAUGAGAGCCGAGCAUAGGAAAGCAAUGGAACAACUUGCUGGGCCCAAGCUUUCCGAUCGUGAACAAGCUCGAGCCUUGCUGAAAGACGUGACUCCGGGUGCAGACUACGAUGCAGCAUUCGGUAAAUGGAAGCCCAUUCCCGCCGACACUAAGCUAGGCUUUGAGUACGAUGUUGUUCCCCAGCCUGGUGUUCGGGCAGAGGAUGAGAUGGGUAUCAUAUUUCCACAAUACGAUGGACAGAAGAAGAAUGAGGACGAGAUAAUCGUGAAGAACAUCUCUGAGAAAGGUGGAAUCACCCAGGGGGACGAUACUGGCCAGAUCAAGCCCAAGGAAUGGUGGACGCCCGAGCAGUGGUGGGGUGGUGAGGAGUGGUAUGGCCUCAUGAAGGAGUGGAAGCCUACCAGGACACCCUCCGAGCAUUGCCCUGAAAAGAAAACAAUAGUCAAGGAAUGCUUUUCCUCCAGCAAGAAGGAGGAAAACUUUGACCAGGUGAAUGCAAAUCUCUGUUCGCUAGAACAAUUUAUCAAGCGAAUGGACGCUGAAAUGAAGGAGGAAGCCGAGUCCCUCACCGGGAAGGAAAUGGGCUCGUUUUCCAGAUGGCUGUCUUUUGCAAAGUCUCACCUGAAAAACGAGAAAUUUCAAAUGAUGAAAUCGCAGGGAUCUGUCCAAACGGAGCCUCCAAACGAGAAGACUUCUAAGAAUGAUCUUGAGAGAAGCAUGCAAGUGGAUGGAGCUAAUAACAUAGAGUAG